AACCUCGUGCACUUUUGUUUACUCACCGCGUCUCUGCAUUUCUCGGACAAAAACAUGAUAAAUAGAACUCAUUGGGGUGGUUUUAAGGAUGGUAGUGAUAAGAAGAAGGAGAUUCAACCAAAUGAUAUUAUCUAUUCAGAGACAAGAUGUGAUUUACUAGCAGAAUUACAGCAAAACCGGGAGAGUCAACAAAGUCAGACGGAAAAGCUCCACUCGGAGAAUGUAAUUGUUACACAAACAGUUGAGGUGAUAAAUCAACGGGAAAUGAUUCAGACUCUCAUUGACACAUACGUGGACAAAUCGGGCCUCAAUUACGUUUUGAAUCCGUGUCAGAAGAUGCCAAGUAUUGACUUCCCACCGGGAAACUCGGCGAAUUUGAUCAAAGAGAAUAACAAUCCAUUUUGCUUCAGUCAACCGCGAGAGACGAGGUUCACUCGUGGCGAACAAAUGAGGACUUUCCCGCGUCUAGAGAAGACUGAAGUGGAUGCAGCAAUUAGGCGAUCUCUAGGAGGACUGUUGAAAAUUGCCGGAUACACCGAGGCUCAGGAUUCGGCAAUGGUGAUGUUCGUAGACGCUGUGGAUUACUUUUACAAAUCUCUGAUGGAGUACACAAAUGAGGCGAUAUCCCAGGAUCAGAUAGCCGAGAGACAUCGGCAUUUGGAUGUGAUGAUUCUAGAGAAGGCUUACAUGGCCAUGAGCGGACGAUCUCUCACGAAUCUUCACAAUUACUAUAAAGACAACGUGAUCGGGAGGAAUCGCGUUGAGAUCAAGGAGUUCAAGAACACUUUUCAGGAGUACGACAAAUUUAUGCAAGAGAGCCAGAACAUGCACAAAUCAAGUUCCACAAUCAAGGAGGAGGACUACAUGGCUUUCAUGGAUUUCUCAGUGGCAUCCAGAGCGGAUUCGUCGGUCCAGGAGAAUCCACAAUCGAACGCCCAAUCGGAAUCCGGAGAUUUGGGUGGUUUCAGGGACAUUUUUGAGGGAGAUCUUCUGUCCACGGGCACCACAGAUGGUAGUAGCAAUUCCCAACAAGGGCUCGAACCGGGCCCAGGCUAGAUAAGUCUCUGGUCAGGAAAUUGGUUAUGAAGAAUAAACGGAUUAAUCAUUCGUGAGA